ACUAAUUUUUCAGUUUAUGACUUGCAACCAUAUCAGCGGUUAAACCAACUACCCUCUCCAGCCAUUGCUAAUUUGCUACCGUUAUUACAGUUUACACAAAUUAACCACCAACUACUAAGCAGCAGCAAUGGCAGCAACGCAAGCCAAAACGCCUUCUCUAUGUUAUUAUGCUCGUCAACUUCACAACCAUAUUCCUGCAUCAUCCCUAUCACUUGUUGGUAAUAAUCUUAAAUCCAACCACCACAAGAAGCCCCUCAAAUUCACCUGCAGAUCCAGCGGCCAGGAUGAUUAUUACAUUGAUGCUCCUGUUGAAGUGGGUGAUGGGUUUUCCUUUAGUGGAGGAAAGUAUUCUGAUGGACCAAGUCCUUCUGAUGAAUGGUUUAAGCAAGGGAAGAUCGUGAAAGCUUAUGCUGCUUUUGGUUCCGGCGAGAAGGCAAAAGACCCGAUUUUUGGACUCGCAAUGGGCGCUGAUUCUCAGGCCUCCACUGAUGUUUUCAGAUGGUUUUGCGUUGAAUCCGGAAGUGCUGAUAAUCCUUCAGUUAUAUUAAUUCAUGGUUUCCCUUCUCAGGCAUACUCUUACCGCAAAGUUCUUCCCAUACUUUCGAAGGACUAUCACGCGAUUGCAUUUGAUUGGCUCGGCUUUGGAUUUUCAGAUAAGCCUCAACCCAAAUAUGGAUUUGACUACACUAUGAAUGAGUUUGUAGCAUCCUUGGAGUCGUUCAUAAACGAAGUUACUGUUAACAAGGUCACGCUCGUUGUCCAGGGAUACUUUGCGCCGGUUGUAGUUAAAUACGCUAGCGGUCAUCAGGAAAAGAUUGACAACUUAAUACUCUUAAAUCCUCCGCUAACAGAGAAGCAUGCCAACCUUCCAUCAACCUUGUCAAUUUUCAGCAACUUUUUGUUGGGUGAAAUAUUUUCUCAGGAUCCUCUGAGGGCUAGUGAUAAAGCCUUGGAAAGCUCCGGACCUUACAAAAUGAAAGAGGACGAUGCUAUGGUCUACAGAAAUCCUUACCUCACAUCCGGAGCCUCCGGUUUUGCACUAAAUGCAAUUAGCAGGGCCAUGAAGAAAGACCUGAAGAAGUAUGUGGGUGAAAUGAAGACUAUACUAACAGAUGAAGACUGGAAAGUUCCGACCACAGUCUGUUGGGGCAAAAGAGACAGGUGGUUGAGUUAUGACGGCGUUGAAGAAUUCUGCAAGGAUUCUAAGCAUAAGCUUAUUGAAAUUCCUAUGGCAGGCCAUCACGUGCAGGAGGAUCGCGGCGAAGAACUUGGGGAAGUCCUUAAGGGGAUUAUCAGAAGAAGCCGUUUCGGUCUUUGAUACUUUUAUAAUUGCUUAUUUGAGAGAAUUAAGGGGUAAAUCCACUUCCAUGUUUCUUGUGUUAGUAUAUAGAUUAUUGAGAUGAUAUAUAAAUUUUACCAAUUGAAUGCUACAAAUUGUGAUAUUAGAAUAUUAUUCACAAAUUCCACAUGUAUGCUACGAAUAAAAGGGCUCCUGGAUGCUUUGAUUGGUUAGAAAAUCAAUCUCUUCGUGUUUUUA